AUGGCAAAACUCGCUGAAAAACUGGCUAAUAUCGCAAACAGACCCACCAACAAAGACUGGGACCCGGAAGAUAACGACCUGGGCUUGCCCCCCGCCCGCACCGCCAACGCUUCCAGCGAUGACGAGGAUCUCGAUUCCGAUACCCAAGAUAAUUCACAUCUGCAGCAAUCCCACUAUGUGAAGAUGAAUGCUUCGAAAUUGAGACCCAAAAAAAGUACCGUCUUAAAUGCUGAAAAGUAUAGUGGUGCCAAGGGAUCGAGAGCCGAACUUUUUGAAUCGAGUGAAGGCGAGGGUCCUAGCGACGACGACAGUGUGGACGAGAGUGGGGACGAGAGUGGGGACGAGGACCAGAGUGUGGACCAGAGUGACCCUAGUCAGAAUGAAAGCGAUGAGGAGUCCCAACUCCAACUCCGCGCCCCUCCCUCAGUCCAACGUGACGCAGUCAAAGGCCUCUCCAUCUUAAACCAAUCCAAACUCUUCGACAACAUCAUCGAUACAAGAAUAAAACUACAAAAGGCAUUGAACGCCGCAAACACUCUGCCGCUCACUCAACACACUUGGAAAUCACAUUUACACAAGAAAAAUAAAAAAUUAUUAUCCACUACAAGGGACUUACUCAAUAAAGUAUUAUCACAACUGGUAGACUUCAGAAACGAAUUCCAAACCACCGAUCACAUCACCACAAGCAAACCUUUACCUGCAAACUCAAACAAAAGAUCCUUCUCACAAUUGGCUGAAGACACUUCCGUCUUGGACAACAACUUAUCGACAUACCGUAACGUGGUUCUUUAUAAAUGGUCCACCAAGAUUCAAUCCGCCUCGGGUAAAUCGGCUCUAUCUUCCACCAAAUUCAAAGCAAUCAACCAAUCUGCUGAUGUUCAAGUGACAAAUCAACUCGCAGAUAUGACAAGAGCUUUGAAAAGAACUCGUUUGAAUAGAAGAAGCGUCGUCCCAUUGGGAUUCCAAGACGAUUUGCAAAAUAAUAGACUAUCACAAUUGUCACAAAUCCCCUCCUCUUCUACUUCUCAAGAUGCAACUUCCAAUGAUUUGGAUAUCCCUGAAAACUACGAUCCAAGAAGAAAAGAUAAUCUCUCCAUCGAUACCACUGAAAAUCCAUACAUUUUCGACGAUGAGGAUUUUUAUAGAGUCUUAUUAAACGAUCUAGUCGAUAAGAAAAUCUCCAAUUCACAAUCCUUCUCCAACGCAACUACAAUCGCCAUCACCUCCCGUAAAUUGAAGAAAAAUAUCGACACAAAGGCUUCCAAGGGGAGAAAAUUGAAUUAUUCUAUUCAAGAACCAAUUGCUAAUUUCGAAGCUCCUGUUGCACCCCAUUACAAAUGGUCUGAUGAACAAAUUGACGAAUUCUUUGCAGGUCUAUUAGGUCAACGUGUCAAUUUCAAUGAAGAGGAUUCGCAAGAAGAUGAUCCAAAUGACGAACCUGAGGCUAUUGUUAAUGAUGAUAUUCAAAUUUUCGGUUAA